AUGGGGUCAUCAUCCUUGUCCUUGCCGUCGGCGCCGUGCUGCUCGUGCGUACUGGGUACACUGCCUGAUGUACUGAGGUGUGCCGUGGCGCAGGGCAAACACGGUGGCGUUACCGCUUAUCUUGCCUCUGAGCUACCUCACAAUUCACAGAUCUGGAAGGAUAGUAGUUGGGGGCAAGUCGGCAAUGCGUGUGCCUCUGCUGAGUCGACGGGAACGUAUGCGGUUUUUGAAGAUGCAAUAAAUUGCUGCCAGUGGACGGUCGAGCUGGUCGCUGCGAGUGUGACUGGCGAUGGCGAUACGGGAGAUACGGGAGAUACGUGGUGGGCGAAUCCAGAGGACCUUGCCGCCAUAGACGCAACAGAAGCCGCUGAACCGAUCUCGUGCGUUCCGUAUCAGCAAGAAGGGAGUUCAGGAGGCGGCUGCUCAUCGCGCAUUACCGGGAUGCGCUACUACAUGAAGCCCGACACGUGGAGGCAGACGUUUCUUUCACGCAGGCACGAGACGACAACGACAGGCCGCAUCCCCAGCGCGGUUCCACACUCUGACUCAGCAGGCACAGCCGAAGCCACUCGUUCGAAUCCAAGAGAAAGUAGCAGAGAUGCUCAUACACAUCGCCUGGGGACACCUUCGGCACUUCGCACUGUAUCCUCCGUGGUGACCGCGACGGCCGCCGAAGAGGCAUUGUCGUUAUCCGCAGCGUCUUCCCCUCUACACGACCUUUCCUUGCACCAGCUGGUGGAGCAGCAUGCCGCACUUGUGCGGCGCUUGGUGCAGGUGCUGGCCCCUCAGCGGCACACCAUCUCCCAUGUUAUUCGUGAAGUGUGCACGGCAGCCGUCCCCUCGCCCUCGUCCAGCGUUAAACGCCGCGUCUGCAUACUUUCGUCGUCUGAUGCGUCGAAUGCGGAGACAAUGCAGUACACUGAGAGCGACGUCGCCGCGGCUAUCGAGCAGCUUACCUCUUCUCACCCUCGUCAACCAAGGCUACGUGAACUUAAGACUGACGGCUACUUGUUCAUGAAUGUGGACGGGUUUGCUGAUGGAGAGACGCGGCAUAAGGCGGUGAAUCGUGCCUACCCGGCCCUCGCGUUGCACUGGCCUGCAUCAGGGCAGCAGAUGGACAGGAUGGAGCGCUAUGUCGACCGUGAUGUUGUGCUGGACACUCGAAAGAGGCACCCCGAGCUGAGUGGAGAGAAGGCAGAUCAGACGCCGCAGCGAAAGCGAGACCGCUCGUUGUCCAGCGCUGCAUCGCAUGCGCCAAGCGAGGAGGAAGACGAGGAGCACAGAACAGGGCCCCCCGGCUCCGCCAGCGCUCCGCCGUCCCCACUAUUGGAUACGGCGGCAGCACCAGAAAAGACGGCAACGAUGGCAACGACUCAACGCUUCUUUCAAUCUCUGCGGGAGUAUCCGAAAUCUCUUGAGCCCGGUAACUUGCAUGUGUGGGCUCGCGGCACCGCAGCUCAGCGGGCGCGUGAGUAUCUGGAGGCUGCUGUGAGGUUGACACAAAGAUUGGCGUCCACUGCUGGUGCGCCUUCUGAUGCAGCUACCCUCGGCCCACUGCCGGUCACGAAGGAAGAGGAUGUGGCAGCGUUGCGCAACCAGUACGAUGCUCUCACAGCCUCAGAAAGUUUCUUGGAGGAGAAGCUGCGCGCCUAUAGGGACACGGUUCACGAACUACGCGGCUGGUACCACAGUGAGCUGUGCACGCAGCAGUUUUGCUACGAGCUGGAGGCGUGGCUGCAGACACAAGAAGAGAGUCGUGCCGUGCUGACAGACUUAUACGUUCAAGUGCACACUGCGCGUUACAGGCUACAGCGCGACCUCUUUGACUACCUACAUCUGCACGCGCUGGGAGUACUAUGA